CGGUUGCAAGCGGCGCAAUAUUUCCUCUGCGGCGGCGGCGGCGGCGGUCUUUCGAAACGCUCUCUUGGGGAUAACGCGGAUUUCUUGUUUCCCGAGGCGGGUUCAACAAGACCUUGCAACAUGGGCGGAACUGCUUGCUGUCGCGACGGCCGAUGCUGUGGGUGCUGCUCCCUUCGCGCUGGUGCUCUGGCCAUCGCUAUUCUGAACCUGUUGGUCUCCAUUGUUGGUGUGGUGUUAGUCAUAUACUUCUCCAGCAGAGGAGGCUCUGUGCAGUGGGUAAGGCUCGGUAUCCACGUUAUUCAGCUGAUUUUCAACUGUCUGCUCAUCCAUGGCAUUCGGAAGGAGCGCAAGGGCUUCGUGAUGGCGUGGGUCUGGGUGAUGACCAUCAUCGUCCUCGGCACCGUCAUCCUGUGCGUCAUCGAGCUGGUCAAGAGAGAGAACCCAGCGGGAGACCACACGCCCCUGGUCGUCCUCAUAGCCUCGGUGCUCAACGGGUUUUUCAUCAUUGUUGUGAGGUCGUACGGGCUGUCGAUUAGUGAUCGACGUGGAGAAGCUUAAGAAAAAAAAAAACAUUGGAAACUGGAAGCUAAAUUGUUAAUGUUGAUAAAAAAGUUGAUAUAGGAUGAAAAUGUGACAAAUUAACUUUUAUGCAACGAGAUCAACUAAUAUUAGUUUUAAGGUGAAAGAUCGGUGAUAAAUAACAUGUGAUAUGUAUAAUUAAAAUCUUGCACUGAAUUUU